AUGGCAGCAAUCGGGCUUGCGGCCUUCGCGAUUGUCCUGGCUUUGGUUGAGCAGAUCGUCCUUCAGAUUCUCAAUGACAAUGUCAGCCGGGGCAGCGUGGUCUACGAGAAGGGACACAUCCUGGUGCUUGCCUGGGCGAACACUCAGAGGGACAGGGAAGUGAUCUGGAAGAUUCUGGCCCAGCUUUGCUUGGCAUAUCGCACCGACGGCGGCCGAGUCAUCGUGGUGCUGAGCCUGGUGCCAAAGACAGAGAUGGAGGACACCUUUCGAAAUAUCAUUCCAGAGGACGAGCGAUAUGGCAGCACUUUUGUCUUCCGCCAGGGCAACCCUCUCCUGCCGGAUGAUUUGAGGGUGGUUGCAGCUUCCUCUGCAGCUGCCACUGUCCUGGUCUCUGAUACCUCCAGGGGACCAGGAGAAGCAGAUUCGCAGUCACUGCGCGCUGCAGUGCUCCUUGAUGAGCUGGACUUCCCAGGGCUGGGGAAACCUGAUCCGAGGCGGGGCUACGUUGUUGUGGGCCUGCAGACUCAGGAAGCUGUGGGCCUUCUCAAGUACAGCUGCUCAGCACGCGUCAUCCCUGUUCCCACAAACAACCUCAACGCUCGAAGGAUUUCCCGCAACAUACAGUACCCUGUGCUGACCUACGUCUCACAGAUGCUGCUCAACUUCCGGUCACGUGCCCAGGGUUACCUCAUGUCUUUCCAAGCUGUACAGGGCAUGCACUUUGGCGAGCUCUAUAGGAUGUUUCCAGAUGCCAUCAUCCUGGGCAUAAGCGACAAGGUCACUGGCAAGACAAUAUUGAAUCCCCCUGCAGAGACUCUGCUUGGCCCAGACGACAGCCUGGUGCUCAUGCGUCCAACGUCUAUACCGGAAGAUGAUUACCGCCCUCUCAGGAAGCCCCUGGAUGUUGACCUAGGUGACUGGAGCUCUGAGGGGUAUGUGAUGCGGAGCCGCGAUGAGCAGCCGGUGAGGGUGCGCGGCUCGCAGAGCAUGGAUGAGACCAGCUGCAGCUCGGCCAUCACAGGCCAGCCGCUGGUCAUCAAGGGGCCCAGGAAGAAAAAUGGGAUUGCCGCCCAGGCCGCCGGCUGCUACAUCAUGCCCAUGGAGUACUCUGCCACCUCAGAAGAACCAGUGAAUGUGUUGGUGUGCGGCUGGGGCGACUCUACCUUCAUGAUAACACUGCUGCACAGCCUGGAUGCGGAGCUUCCCAAGAUGAGCCAGAUCACCCUGCUCAACCUGCAGCGCAAGGAGGACGUCCUGGGCGUGGCGUGGGAGGCGGCGCAGAUGAGCCGGGCCUCGGUCAUCCAUGUGUACGGGGACCCGCUCAAGUACCGCGACCUGGAGUCCAAACUGGAGGUGCAGCGCUUUAACAGCGCGAUCGUGCUGUGCGACGCUGCCUGGGUCGACCCCGACCAGAACGCGGCUAACGGCAUCGCCCUGCGCACAAAGGACGACAUGCUCCGGUUGGAUUCCAUGGUCAUGACCGUGCAGCUCUCCAUCCGCAAGCUUCUGGAGGAGAGGGGAUUCCCAGACAUAAACAUCAUCACAGAGAAGAUAGCGUUUCAGGGCAUCACGCGAUUUGAGGACCGCGGGCGCAUGCCGCUCGGCUCCGUGUUCAACAUCACCUCCUUCAGCGCUCGCAUCCUCAGCCAGGCCAUCUACAAUCCCAAGGCGGUUAUGGCCUACAGCGAGUUUGGAAAGGACACCGAAAUGAUGGUGCAGGACAGCUCCAGCUUUGCCUCUGAAGGGGAGGAGGUUUCCUUCCUGCAGCUACAAGCGCGGGCUAUGGAAGUCGGCCAAGUUCUAGUGGGGUUCUAUGACAUCCCCAAGUCUGUGGAGCAGCCCCUGCAGCUGGUCAUCAACCCUGAGGGGGUGGAUGCACGUUCGCGCAAGGUGGUGUGGAACAGGAAUGAUAACCGGGUGAAGCUCAUCUGCCUCUGCAAGAAGUCGGACCCCGUGGAUUGCAAGUGGCCGAUCAGUCCUGAAACGAGGGCGACUGCCAGCCAAGAGAAUGGGGCGGGGUUUGAGGCUGCCCCAGAGGUUGCAAAGUAAAUGGGUCAGGGGUGUCCGACAGUUCACUGUUGUGGCCAGCACAUUGCUGGCAUGUUUAAAUGGGUGGUCUAAGUUGUGGGUGGUGAAAGGGUUUGGUUGAUGCUGGAUGCGCACAGCUACAUGCUGGGUGGGUGUCAAUUACUUGUUACGCAGCAGUUUCUAGCUUACUUCUUGCACAUGUACAGCAGCCAUGAGAGGCUAAUGCCCAUGGCUGUGCCAUUUUUGGUAGUCAGAUUGGUGGCAGAGGACCGGUGCCAGACUUGGCUGCAAAGCACUGCUAUUUACAAAUAAAGCAAUUGAAUUUGUGCCCAGUUUGGAUUGUUGACCUUGUGAUGGAGCAAUGAUAUCGAUGCGGGUGUUUCCAAUUGCGCCAUGAUGUGGCAGAUCUUCAGAUCUAGAUUACAGCUGGCUCCUAUUACUUGUAAGUUAUAUUUGGCAUGC